AUGCCUUCAGAAAGAUCCCAGCACGGUCUCUGUCUGACAAGUCGCGCACAGGGCAAGCGCAAGAAGUCAUCACGCAAGCCGCAAGGCCCAAGGAAGCGCGAACCGCUCGCCUCGACAUUUACCUGCCUCUUCUGCAACCACGAGAAAGCGAUCCAAGUGAAACUUGACAAGAAGGCCGGCGUCGGCAACCUGCACUGCAAAGUCUGCAACCAGAAAUAUCAGACGGGAAUCAACUAUCUGUCGGCCGCUGUCGACGUGUACUCGGACUGGGUCGAUGCUUGUGAGGAGGUCGCGAAGCAGGCUGCCGAGGAGGAGGCAGAGGAUGCAAAGUUCAGUAGUUAUGCUACUGGCACGGGAGCGGCAAGGGCUGGAGUCCCGGCUGGUAGUGGCGGUGGCGGAGCCGAUGACGAGGAGGACGAUGCAGAGUACGGGGAUGAUUGA